UCUUCCUGUGUCACUCGGUCAGAGGUCAGGCGUCACCUGCAGCUGGAUGAGCUGGCGUUUACAUACAGGAACUAUUUAAUCAAUUAGAAAGAGCCACAAAAACUGUGUACUUUGAAAAACCGCUAGUCGCUCUGUAGUGGUCUGUAUUCAUCAUACAUUUACAGAUCUCCUGCAGUUAGCAUGAGUCUCCAGUGGACGGCAGUAGCCACCUUCCUGUACGCCGAAGUGUUCGCUGUACUGCUGCUUUGUGUACCCUUUAUCUCCCCCCAGAGAUGGCAUAAGAUCUUCAAGUCGCGUUUGGUGAAAGCCAUCACAACCUAUGGCAACACCUACUUCAUGGUGGCCAUCGGUAUCCUGGUCUUCUUGCUCAUUGAUGCUUUCAGGGAGGUGCGCAAGUACAGCGUGACGGAAAAGGUGGACCUGAGCAACAACCCGGUGGCAGUGGAGCACAUACACAUGAAGCUCUUCAGGGCUCAGAGGAAUGAGUACAUUGCUGGCUUCGCUCUGCUCCUUUGCCUGCUCCUGAGGCGCUUGGUCACCCUUCUGUCGCAGCAGGCCACCAUGAUGGCAUCCAACGAGGCCUUCAAGAAGCAGGCGGAAGGAGCCAGCGACGCAGCCAGGAGGUACAUGGAGGAGAACGACAAGCUGCAGGAGAAACUGCGGGAGGCUGGGAUCCCUGUUCCUGAGCUGGGCAAGAAGGCUGGAGGAGGAGUGGAGGAACAGAACAAGGCUUUGAAGGAAGAUGUGAAGAAGCUGAAGGAAGAGCUGGACACCACUAAAAAAGCCCUCCAGAAGUCAGAGAGUGACGUGAGGGCUAUGAAGAAGCAGGCUGAGAACCUGACAGUGGAGUAUGACCGCUUGCUGGAAGAGCACGCCAAGCUGCAGGCUACCUGUGACGGCCCACGAGAGAAGAAGUCUGACUGAGCUGGUCGGAGUGACCUUUGAUUAUCUCAGCCGCUCGUCUACCAUCCUUCUGCCGCCGCCCUACUGCUUCCACGCUGUCCAGGUGUUGAGCUAAACAGCAACUGCCCACCACUACCUUGGGGAAAAGUCCUUGUCCCUAUAGCCAUGUGAAUCGUUUGGUAGAAUGUCUGACUUCUUUAUUUUUAUUUUUUUAUUUGUACUCAAUUGUGUACAAAUAAAAAAUAUUGGUUGUUGGCUGCAACGUGUCAUUUAUUUGCGAAAUAAAAUUUGAAUUUCUAUCCUGGGUGGAAAGAUGAAACGUACCCAUUUCAUACUGUUUGGUUGUUAUGUGGUUUUUGGGCCUUUGUUAUCCUGUCAGGAGGGUGUUAAUCUGCAUAAAAUGCCAGAGUCUUACGUGACCAAUGAGUCACGAGUGUGACUUUCUGGGGCCUUGUGUGUCGGUCCUCCUGUUCAUGAUGCUUUGUAAUCAGCUGUCAGGUUUGUUUCUUUGUUUACCAUGUUAAUGUUUGCUAUACUUUGUUGUUCAUCUGUUCAAACAAGUACUUCUCUGAAACCAUAAUUAAAAUCCAAGCUUCUGUGGUUAUUGAUAAAAUGUUUUUUUAAUUUUUUUGUUCUGCAACACAGGAUGACUAUCACCACAUCGACAAUCUGUAUGUCAUCUAUGUGAGUUGACUGUAAAAGCCCGCUGGUUUCGUUUUGUGACGAAGGCGCGUGAUUUUUAAGACUGGCAGUCUGUCAUGGUAGUCAUCUCAUUGGAUGUUUGGAGUGUGGGACUGUUUGUUACUUAUGCACGUUCGUCACUUUGAACCUCUGGAAAUCCUACACCAAAGCAAGCGGUAGAGUAGCAGCUGUCAGGAAGCUCCCUGGUGGUUUGUGCUGAAAGAGUACACCAGUAAUGACACACCCGGGCAUCAGGGCAUGGCCCUUUUUAGAAUGGCUGGAAGAGGAUACGUAGGGGCUCCUGCCCCGGCUUGCAGGACUUAUAACGUCAGCGGUCAGGCUGCCUUUCCACAUGCGAGCGCUUCCUAGCUGUGUGUAGUACUGAGGGAAGUUGGAAAAAACCAGGAUUCUGUUUUCCUACAUGCCUAUUUGCUGUGGUCUACCAUACUGUGAUAUAAUAGGACGCUUUGUGUCAUUUUCCAUUGAAAGGCAUUGCUAUAGAUAAUGUAGAUAACUAUGACUUCAGCUGGGAUAGAGAGACACAUUGCUUGCAUAUGGGUUUGAUGCACACUACUUCCUGUUCUCAUUUAUUACCCUGUGCUAGUCCCUGUCAAAGUGAUAGUCCGCUGUAAACCUGCUUGUAGUGGCAUCGGUGCAUACAUGCAUUUGUCACCUUUAAUCAUGCAUACGUAAUUUCCUCUGGCACUGCUUCACAGACAUCCGAGCUCAGGCCGAGCCACCACUGCUCUGGUUCUGAAUGCAUGUAUCUUGAAUGAGCUGUUAUAAGGCUCUGUAAGUGUCCAGCCAACUUCUGGUUCGUUUUCAUGUGAAGUUUUAUGCUUUGAGCCUGAUUUUCUUUCCUGUCGUCGCAGGAAUGGGUAGGAACAGGAUUUACUGCUUAAAUUUUUUUUUCACUAAUUAUAAACAGCUGUUGUAAUACAGGUGCCUGAUAAGAGUUUGCAACACAUACAUAAAGGAUUAAUUUUGUGUCCCUGUUCUUCAUUUUGGCCCCCAGUCCUCAUGUUUCAUUGUACUAUGAAUAGUUGCAGUUACUUUAACGGUCUCUACGCAGUAAUGGUGUGUAAAUUCUGCAAAAAAGCAAUAAAUGAUCUUCAUUCUGUUUACGUGCCCUUCAGAAUAUCAUAAAUUUGCUGUAAUUUUACGUUUUCUUUCCAUCUGCCUGUUUGCCGCUUUUCUACUUGGACUGUUGUGUUAUGAUUUGCUACAAAAUAUUCACUGCUAUUCAGGUGGAUAUUUAAAACAAUAAGACCAGUAAGUCUUUGUAAAGGUUGUUAAUAAAUGUUGACAAUUUGA